GAACACGUGAACAUAAGUUUGAACCGUUGCGCGCCGAACUUUUCUUUGGUGGAGUGAAAUGUGUAACUGCCUGGAUUCUAUAUGAAGCGUGCAGCUCUACCUGCUGGGAAUCUAUAUAAACAUCAUCGGUAGCAAGAAAAUAUGUUAAUCUCUAUCUAAACUGUCUUUCAUCUGUGCGAAUAACCGCAAUCAGUGUAAAGGGCUAUUAACAAUGGAGAAAAACAAAAUCACAGAUCGUCCAACGGUUAGCCAUCAUCCAGCGUCAGCAUCGAAAAAAAUUCGUUCAAGCACUAGCCGGGAUUCCGUGAGAUCAAUCAAAUCGACCAACGAAGUGACAAUCCAGAGACCUCAGCGCUCCACCUCGCAAGCUCAGCGAUCUACAACGGAUACAGGGGGAGCUACACCCGAUUCAAGAGAAGAACGCAAAGCAAACGGGCGCAUUGUUGCAGUAUGUGUGGCGCUGUUUCUAAUAUUCCUGGUGCUGUACCACGCCUGGCUGCGGCGGACGGCCAUCGUAGCGGGUGUCAUGGUCCCGGUGCUCAUCAUGCUACUCUACACAGCCUGGGUCCUGUACUCGGCCCGGAGACACAAACGGAAAAUGAUGCUGUUGCGAAAUGCAGCAUCUUUGAAUUCGGUUAACUGUAUCGACAAAGAAUCCACUGCUAGCACAUCGGGAACUUCGGCUUAUCGCACUGGCAAAAAUAAUUCACACCAACAACAUCAUAGUUCAAUACGGUGCUCCAACAUCAAUGAACUAUCGCAAGGAACCGGCAAAGGACCCUCCAAGGACAUCAACGUUCGCAAGUACGAACUGGAAAAGUUACGAACGGCAUCCGCCUCUAACGGUAAACCACUGGCCAAAGUCCUCCCGAGACAACAAUCGUCGAUCACACCAAACAGUUUGAAGGAGUUCGCACUGCAGCAGCAGCGAAGAUUUUCACUGGACCCGACGAAUCCGACCCUGCAAUCCGUAUUGAAGGCGGAGUUUGAAAAGCAACGACAUCACGGGAGCAGUGGAAAAAUCAUCGAUAAAGCUGACGCCAAACAUGGCAAAAAGGUUACGAAGAGUAGUAAAGAAAGGAUCGAAGCCACACAUUGAAAAAAAUGUAUAUGUCUAAAAAUACGUUUAAUAUCUACAUA